ACCGCACAUUAGGGCCCCGCCCCGCUUCCCAUCGUCCAAUCAGAUGCCAGAACACAGACUUCUUCCUGGUUACUUCUUCUCUGCUGCAGCUCAGCUGACUGACAACCAUGCGGUUCCGUUUCUGUGGAGAUCUGGACUGCCCUGACUGGGUGCUGGCCGAAAUUAGCACUUUAGCGAAAAUUUCAAGUGUCAAGAUGAAACUCCUGUGUGCUCAAGUACUGAAAGAUUUGCUCGGAGAGGGUAUUGAUUAUGACAAGGUUGCAAAGCUCACUGCAGAUGCAAAAUUUGAGAGUGGAGACAUCAAAGCCAGUGUUGCAGUGCUAAGCUUCAUUUUCUCCAGCGCAGCAAAACAUGACGUUGACAGUGAAUCUUUGUCCAGUGAGCUGCAGCAGCUCGGUCUGCCUAAAGAACACACAACAGGGCUGUGCAAAUCAUAUGAAGACAAGCACUCUGCACUGCAAGACAAAUUAAGAGAGACAAGCUUGAGAUUGGGACAUUUGGAGGCUAUUUCUUGGCGUAUUGACUACACUUUGAGCUCCAGUGAGCUGAGGGAAGUCAAUGAACCAGUGAUUCAGCUGAAACUGCAGGCACAAGGAGCAGAGUCGGGCUCCACGGAGACAACCGUUGUUUCGGUUUCUUCCGACAAGUUCAGAGUCUUGCUUGCGGAGCUCAAACAAGCCCAGGCUAUGAUGAAUGCACUACAAUGAAGAAUGGACUUCAGCUGCAGAGAGUCCAACUCAGACCUCGAUAUCUGAUCAAGAGCCGGACACAAAUGAUGCUGAUAGACUGCCAAAAUUGCCAUACUUACAUCGUGUACAGUAUUAUUUUUUUGUAUGAAUUUAGUAGUCUCAAAGUUUAAGUGAAUAGCUCCAUAUUUAUUUGGACUGACUGAUAUUUAGCUGUAUUUUUCUACCACCAUAGUAAUAAUUGUCAGAAAUUAGAAGUUUCCAGACUGGCUGAUUUCACAC